AUGGCUAAAUCCCAGCUGCUGCUGCCUUCCCUUGUCCUUUUGCUCUUCAUCCUCAUCUCCAAAACCAUUUCCCAAUCAAUCAUUCAACUCUCCAGAGACCGCGACGAUGUGUACUGCAACAGCUGGAGAUUCUCUGUAGAAACAAACGACGUUGGAUACUGGGAUUAUGUGCCUUCCGGAUGCGUGUCGUACGUGCAAGACUAUAUGACAGGAGAUGGGUACCGCUCCGACAGCGAGGUUGUUGCUUCCUACGCGCUUGCCUUCGCUAAGACGGUAGAGAUUGCGGGCGAUGGGAAGGAUGCUUGGGUCUUUGAUGUCGAUGAGACGCUGCUCUCCAAUCUGCCCUACUAUGUUCUCCAUGGAUUCGGAUCAGAACCCUUUGAUGAACUAUCUUUCGACAAGUGGGUGGAUUUAGCAGAGGCACCUGCUUUACAAGCAAGUCUGGAUUUGUACAAAGAGCUAAAGCAGCUGGGAUUCAAUGUAUUUAUGCUAACUGGGAGGAGUGAAUAUCAAAGGAAUGCCACUGGGAAAAAUCUUCUAUUCGCAGGAUACAGUGACUGGGAAAGGCUAAUUUUGAGGGAAAGCUCAGAUAAAGGGAAACCGGCGACCCUUUACAAAUCUCAGAAGAGAUUGGAGUUGGUAAAUGAAGGAUACAGGAUUCAUGGGAACUCAGGUGAUCAGUGGAGUGAUUUGUUUGGCUUUGCUGUGUCACGGAGGUCCUUUAAACUCCCAAAUCCAAUGUAUUACAUUCCAUAA